AUGGUCAAUCUGUUCUAUGCAUGGUUGCUUCUGCCUUUGUGCUUGGCGAUUAAUUUGAAUGAUCCGGAAUUUGCUAAGUACCCCUCCAUAUACAAGCUGGCUGGAAAGAAGAUAUCCGUUGACGAGAUCGAUACACCUCCCACCCACCAGAUCAGCACGUGGACUUUUUUCUUUCAAAACGAUACAAAUGCACAGGAUAAUGCUUUGGAUUCGCAGGAAGAGGCUCCUUCACCACUAAUAUGCCCCGAAGACGCUCAGGUGUGCGCUCGCACAGUGCUAACCAAGCCUGGGACCUCCGAGCCCGAGUACGUUUCACGCUUCUUUGUGAUCGAUAAGUCGGUUAAACCCAAAAUCUCAAGAUUCGAUGAAUAUCAAAGUUAUUUGUCAAUUCAAUUUCCCAAAGUCGCAUGGGGUGGUAACUUUGUGAAUGUUCAUAUUCAACUCAAUUGUCCAAUCAGUUAUGAGGGUGAGGAGGACGAUGAGGACGAGAGAUUUGACGUGUAUGAUGAGCUUGGGCAAGGCGAUGUGUAUGUCAGCUGGACUACUCUGGGCGCAUGUCCCAAAGAUUACAGGCGCAAAUUUCGGGUGGAUGACUCAGGCUCGUGGGGUUGGUUCACAUGGAUAUUCAUUCUUAUGGUGCUGAUCUUUGCUGGUUAUGUGAUUGGUGGCGCUUGGGUUAACGUAAACAGAAACAGCGGUCACGAGUUUUUGAGUGAGCUAGUGGACUCCAUUGUCGAAGCUGCGGCCAAGUUGCCGGGGUUUCUGAAGGAGAUUGUCAGUAGGGUUACAGGUGGGGGCGAUCGUGGUGGAUAUAGUGCUGUAUAA